UACGAAACCAAUGUCUAUUAAAACUGUCGUUAACACGAGUUUGACACUUCUCACUCCAAAAAUUAAAAAGCUCAAGCUUCUUUAAUUCCUUUUUUUUUUUUUUUUUGAAAGAAAAAAUUUGUCACUCUCUUCCCAUUUUCUUCCUCAAAAUGUAAACAUAUUCCAUUUUCUCGUGUAUUUAUCUCCCUCACAUACUUCUGCUCUUUCGCUCUUUGUUUUUACUGUUGGGGUUCUUCUUGUUUCUUUCUCUCAUUCACUCUGUUUUGUUAGGUGGGUAGAUGUAGAUGGGACUCUACUAAUUUUGUACCUUCUUUCUUUUUACUUCUACACCCCCACCUUCUUCUCUCUCUCUUUCUUUCUUUCUCUGUCUCUCUGUUUUCUUCUUUUUUCCCUUCGUUUGUGGCGGAUAAACCGGUGACUCUGUUGCAGAAUCCAAAUCCCAAAGAAACAGGGGGCCUGAGACUUCGAAGGGGAAGAAUAACUUCCUUUUUUUCCUUUCAGGUGUAUAUGCAAAGAUAUAUUGAGAUUUAAUUAUUGAAUGUCUUUGCCCUUUGUUUACCCACAAACUCCGUUCUGCUACAAACAAGAAGUCUUGGUGUACUCUCUGUUUUCUAAUGGAGGAAUAAAUGGAAGAUGGAAGUGAGUACAGGUGUUGGGAUGAGCUAAUACCUGAUGCCCUUGGGCUAAUCUUUAGAAAUCUUUCCCUACAAGAGAUACUAACAGUGGUCCCAAGGGUUUGUAAAUCAUGGGGCAGAGCAGUUUCAGGGCCAUAUUGCUGGCAAGAGAUUGACAUUGAGGAAUGGAGUAAAAAGCAGCAGCAGCAGCACCAUCCUCACCAUAUCGAGCGAAUGCUCCGGAUGUUGAUAAGCAGAAGCUCUGGAUCCCUUCGCAAGCUCUGUGUCACUGGCAUCCCAAAUGAUGCCGUUUUUUCAUUCCUUGCUGACCAUGCUGGCUCCCUUCAGACUUUGCGGAUGCCAAGAAGCCAAAUAAGUGAUUCAAUUGUUGAACAAGUUGCUGGAAGGCUUUCAACAAUCACUUUCUUGGAUAUAAGCUGUUGCAAUAAAAUCGGCGCUCCUGCUUUAGAGGCGAUUGGCAAUAAUUGUAAAUUGCUUUUGGGGCUGUGCCGUAACAUGGAGCUACCAAGUCAAGCAGAUCAACUCCAACAAGAUGAUGAAGCACUUGCGAUCGCUGCCACAAUGCCUAAGCUGAAACAUUUAGAGAUGGCUUACCAUCUUCUCAUCAGCACAGAAAGCGUGUUGAAUAUCCUUUCGAGUUGUCCUGAGCUUGAAUUUAUGAACUUAACUGGUUGCUGGGAUGUGAAACUGGAUAGCAAUUUCCUGAAGGAGAAGUUCCCUAAACUGAAAGUUUUGGGGCCUCACCUCUUGGACUACUAUGAUAUGGAUGACUGGGGGGAUUAUUGCUCUGAAUAUUCUGAUGCUUCUGAGUAUUUCGCAUGGGAAAUUUUCUCUGGCGACAUGGAAGAUUAUGAUGAUGAUGAUGAUAGUUAUGAUGAAAUGUGGGAUGAUGAUCAAAGACUAGAUUUUGAUCUCAGGUUCUACGAAGGAAUUGAGGAUGCUGGAUUAUAUGGUUGGCCUCCAUCUCCAUAGACUCUGUUUCUAUCUUCUGUUCAGUUUUCUAUUUCCAGCUCUAAAUGCAUCUACUAGUACUUCCUUUAUUCUCUAUAUGAAUAUAUAUGUUUCAAUAGAAAUGAAUUUGUAUGCUUUGUGUCACUA